UCCGCCCACCAUCCGAAAUGGACAGGUUCUUCUUUCUUCAGCUCUUCCUCCUCGUAGCAGUCCUGAGCUUGGAGGGGCUCCCGCGCAAACCGAAGGAGUGGGAAAAAUGCUUUAUUGACUCUGACUACGAAGAACUGGUGGACAUUGCCAAAAAUGGGUUGGAAGAAGAAUGUUAUUCAAAGAAGGUGGUGAUUGUCGGGGCAGGAAUCAGUGGCCUCACUGCUGCCAUACUGCUGAAAGAAGCUGGUUGCAAGGUCCUGAUUCUGGAAGCCAGUAACCGCGUGGGAGGACGUAUCCUGACCCAUCGAGAAGGAGAUUGGUACGCGGAGCUGGGAGCCAUGCGUUUGCCAAGAAAAGAUAGGAUUGUGCGUGAAUUUAUUACCAGAUUCGGACUUAAACUGAACCCAUUCUAUAAUACUAAUGACAAUGCCUGGUAUUUGACUAACAACGUCAGGGCAAAAUCUGGAAAUGUUGACCGAAACCCUGAUAUCUUGCAAUACCCUGUGCUUCCCACAGAGAGGGGGAAAUCUGCCAGUGAACUUUAUGACCAGACACUGGAUAAGGUGACAACAGACUGCAGAGCUUUGAAAGAGAAAUAUGACUCAUUUUCCAUCAAGGAAUAUUUGAUCAAAGAAGGAAAAUUAAGUAGAGGAGCCAUUGACAUGAUUGGUGACGUGCUGAAUCUAGAUGCUAGUUUCCACCUGUCUUUUCUGUAUUCUGUCAUGGACGAUAUUGUGUUCAAAGACGGUCUUGAUGAGAUCACGGGGGGAUUCGAUCAGCUACCAGAGGCCUUCUACAAGUCUAUGCCUAGGGAUAUUCUAUUUCAGUCCACAGUGGUGAAGAUACUACAACACAAUGAAAAAGUGAGAGUUUCUUAUCGCAGGCCACUCACAUUGUCCCUCUCCUCAGUGGUGGCCGACUACGUCCUUGUCGCAACCACAGCAAAAGCUGCAAGGUUCAUUAAAUUUUCUCCACCUCUUUCCUCCAACAAGACCCAUGCCCUGCGCUCCCUCCGCUACUCAAGAGACGUGAAGAUUUUUUUGGCCUGCAGGGAAAAGUUUUGGGAGAAGGAUGGAAUCUAUCAUGGGAGGUCAAUCACUGAUCGCCCAUCCAGGUUCAUCUACUACCCCGGCCACAAUUUCUCCAGUGGAGUGGGGGUGAUCCUGGCUUCCUACACUUGGGAUGAUGAGGCUGAAUUCUUCACUCCCCUCAGUGAUGAAAAGUGCGUUGAUGUGGUACAGGAGGACCUGGCAGAAAUCCACCAACUGCCCAAGACUUAUAUCCAGAAAGUUUGUGAUAAACAUGUGAUCAAGAAAUGGGGCCUGGACAAAUAUGCGAUGGGAGCAUAUGUUUCAUUAACCCCGUAUCAGUUAGUUGACUACUCCAAAGCUUUGUUUCAGAACGAAGGGAGGGUCUAUUUUGCAGGAGAAUACACCGCUCACCCUCAUGCCUGGAUCGAGACGGCUAUGAAAGCUGCUGUGAGAGCAGCCAGGAGCAUCAAUGACGCUGUCAGUGCAUCGCCCAGGUGGCAACAGCAAGAGCUGAAGGAAAAUGAACUGUAAUGGAUUUAUGAGUAUUUGGUGAAGAUACAAACCCACGGGGAUU